AUGCCUCGACAAAGCUCAGACCCAAAGAGGAGGAACAAGGAGAAUACGGGAAGCUACGAAGCCGCUCAGAGUGCACAAUUGAGGGCUCAGGAAAUGUCUCGGACAGAAGAGCUUUCUUCGUCAGGAGGAGAAGGAAGAAUGUCCAGGAGACUUCGUAAACAGGCACCCAGUAGCACCCCCGCAGCUCGACCCCCAGAACCUACACCAUUAGCAGCAACUAGACCAAAUCCAACUGCUUCUACUGCUGCGAGCCGACGUCGUCAGUCCUCGAUCAAACUUCCAGCGGCGCCGAAUACUCUGCAGGCCUCUCCUUCCAAGAGGUACAUGGACUCCCAGGUCACAAGGGAACAGCCCUUGAGCGACGCCAAGCUUGCGUAUGAUAACAGCUCGAAGACAAGAGGCCCCAGUGGACCAAGAAGUUUUGCUCUCAACGGAGGCUCAACCCAUUCUCGACAAACUUCGCUGAACAAUGGAUCUCGCUAUAGCAUUGCCUCCGCUACUCCCAGAGCCACGGGUGAAGCGAGGCCUCCAUCAGGCUCUUUCGACUUCCUUCCGUCAGUCAAUUUUGAUGACCUCCACUCGAGCCUCUUUUCAGACAUACCGGACAUCGAUGCGUUCCCUGCUCCUGGAGGGAGCACAUUCAAGCAUCUCGAUCCUAUCAACACAGUUCCUACUACGACUCAGAGGCCGACUAUGAGGAACCAAUCCAAGACUAUAGAUCCUGCUGCAAUAGGCACCAAAUAUGGAGUUGGCGGAGGUCCUACGAGCCGGCAAACCAGUAACGCGCAGUACAAUUCAAUUGGGCAAAGUAACGCAGACUCUACUUCCAAUUCAGUCUCAUCAGCAUCGGGACAGAGUCGUCGAAAAAGCCAUUUCCCAAGCACUACCAUGGCCACCACGCCUGCCGGCACACCUCGGAAAUCUGUAGGACCUGGUAUAUUAACCACAGGUCUCGACAUGCACGGAAGCCCGAGAAGGCCUAGCCUAGCACAAGCUGGCCUUGGUUUGACUGGAACAACCGCAAACCCGAACGAUGGAGUCUUGAUGAGCUCUCAACCCGCCAAUUUCGAGUCAUCCCGGUACGAAAAAGCCAAGUCAUUUCAAGCAGUGACGCGAAAGUCGCACGAUACCCCCUCUACGCCUAAUGGUAUGUCUCCUAAUAUGGAUGUCUUCGCAGGCAUGCACACGCAGUCUCCUGGGAGACCUAAUGGUCACGGAACUAUAACUCCAUCUUCCAAUAAGCGAAUGUCGGUGCUGCCCAACAGUGCUCACGCUACUGGUUUAGCUGCGCGCACCAUUAGCCCAACCGACGCUCGAAGACUCAAGCGAAUGUCCAUGAUGCCUGGCCCGCCUCCAAUACCGUUCACACCUCCCACUCCACAGCCGGAUACGCCAUCCUCCGCUGGCAUGCCAUCAGCGCCCUCGCCCUCUCUGGUGCCGCGGAAAAGCGUUACACCUUCAUCAUCUCGUACUACGCCUGACAUCAAUCGAAAGUCCUACAGUUCUGGCUUCUCUAUAUCAUCCAGCACAAGCUACAACUCGAACAAUGCGCCUGCCGCUUCUACACGCAUGUCUCAAAAUCUGUCGAUAUCGAGAUUGCCAACUCUCAAAUCUCGUGUUGAGAAUUUGACCCUCGGCGACGAAGAAACAGUGCCUCCAGUACCAGCUAUACCAAAAGCAUUUGAAUCCCCUAAGGAGGAAAUCCCGCAUCCAUUUGCUACACUGCGGAAGUCAAGCUUGACCGGUGGCUCGACGACGAGCGGAAGCACGCUUAUGCAAGAGGAAGCUGUAGGCAAGCCGACACAAAGUGCUUUCCAACACCGGGCCUACAGUCACGCAGAGCCGGCGACGGAGAGAAAACCGAGUAAUAAUGUUGCAAAUAGACGGACUCUGCAACCUCUACGACUCCCGCCCCUCAACCUCCUCCCGCUGAGCGCUCCUACUGCAAACAAGAUUGCAGCACUAUAUGACGGCUCAAAUUCCAAAGAACCAGGUGCAGUGACGCCUCCACCAAAAGAGGGGCCCAGGGCAGUCCUUGCUACUCCAAUGACCGCGUCUAAAGCAAGCUUUUCACGGACUCCCUAUGACGAGCGUAGCAAACCGAUCCCUAUCCAGCCAAGGAGUAAUAGCUCGCAUCACGCUGUUCGAAGUGACCUUCCCUUCAGGGCUUCAAGCAGCUCUAGUACUACGGUCCCUAAUCGUCCUGACUCGAACGCCGCAUAUGCAGGCCGAGCAGCUAUGUCUCCCUUCGUGUCGUGCUCGUUGCCAAAGUCUAGUGGCGAAUUCACAAACAUUCGCCGUGAAACGUCAAAUCCGGCUGACGUAGCUCGAGAUGUGAAAUCGAGCAAACCCAACGGGCCGCGCCUGCAGAAGCAACGAAAAGCAUCUAGAGACGACGAACACAAUACUGGUACACCAAGCCCAGCUGAUCGAAGUACUCCGUCCUUUGGCACCACUUUGCGUCGAAAGCUGAGCUUGACGCGCAAAAGAAGCACUUCCAAGGCUCAAGCUACAGCGGAUAGUGAUGUUGAGAUGCCACCAAAGCCACCCAAGCAUGAUGAUAUGCCUCCGCCUCGACUACCAGCUUCAGCGACUUGGAGUGGUCCUUUCGCGACAACUCCGAGUCCCAGUCAGAAGACUCGCUCAAGAAAUGCCUCAAAUUCAAGUACAGUAGUGCAUCACGAAAGGAACCGGAGCAGCACUUGGGAUUCUGGAGAGACGCCUAAGAAAACGGCAAAAUCCUCAACCAGUGCAGCCAUUCCUUCUGCGAAGAGGACCGCUCGGUCCAUCCUUGAAGGUGCCUCGAAUGGAGCUGGCUCAUCCUUAAAGGAUUUCCUCCGUGAAGCUAAAACCACAGACAACGGCCUUGAUCGUGAUGAUAUGUCUGCUGAGGAAGAAAUGAGGAAACUUGCGUCAAAGCGGAAAGAAACCGAAAACGCAGCUAAGGAACUGGAUGCUUUGAUUCGCAGGGCAACUGCCAAAGAGAGAGUAUCGCCUACACGAGCUAAGCAGAUGGUCAAGCUCAACAUUUUUGAAAGGGGAGAGAUUGUUGAUGCUGGGAAUGUUUACUUUUGCGGGACCCAAAAUGCUAAGAAGCAUAUUGGCGAUCCAACAGAGACCGGUACAAACUUCGGCUACGACGAUGACAGAGGCGACUACAAUAUUGUGAGUGGCGACCACCUCGCAUACAGAUACGAGAUCGUAGACAUCCUUGGCAAAGGGAGCUUCGGACAAGUUGUCCGCUGCAUUGAUCACAAGACCGGAGGACUAGUUGCAAUCAAGAUCAUCAGGAACAAGAAGAGAUUCCAUCAGCAAGCUCUUGUUGAAGUUGACAUUUUACAGAAGCUACGAGAAUGGGAUCCUUACAACAAACACUGCAUGGUCAAUUUUACACAAUCAUUCUACUUCCGUAAUCAUCUAUGCAUCUCGACUGAGCUCCUCGGCAUGAAUCUCUACGAAUUCAUCAAAUGUCACGACUUCCGUGGCUUCUCGCUGAAGCUGAUCCGGCGUUUUGCAAAGCAGCUCCUUUCAAGCUUGGUCCUUCUGAAAUCAAAGAGGGUCAUCCAUUGCGAUCUGAAACCUGAGAAUGUUCUUCUCACACAUCCAGCACGUUCUGAAGUCAAGGUGAUCGACUUUGGUAGUAGCUGCCAUGAGAACGAGAAGGUGUACACAUACAUACAGUCGCGCUUCUAUCGCUCACCUGAAGUCAUCCUUGGAAUGUCCUACGGAAUGCCCAUAGACAUGUGGUCUCUCGGCUGCAUUCUUGCUGAGUUGUUGACCGGCUACCCUAUCUUUCCUGGCGAAAACGAGCAAGAGCAGCUCUCGUGCAUCAUGGAGGUCUUUGGUCCCCCAGAAAAGCAUCUCAUCGAGAAGUCCACUCGUAAGAAGCUAUUCUUCGACUCUCUUGGCAAACCACGCAUCACCGUCUCAUCAAAAGGCAAACGCCGCCGACCGAGUAGCAAAUCUCUUCAACAAGCCCUCAAAUGCGAGGACGAAGCUUUCCUCGACUUCAUAACCCGCUGUCUACGCUGGGAUCCAGAUCGACGCCUCCGACCAGAUGAGGCUCUACACCACGAAUUCAUCGCCGGCCGCUCCGCUAAAUCCGCUGCAAAUCGUCCGCGCACUGCUCCCGCCACCGCCGUAGCUUCACCUAUAAAGCGUUACAACUCCAUCUCACAAACUCCCAGUGCCUCUAUCCGCCCGCUCCCUGAACCACCAAACACCAUAGCCAGAAACGCCAAUAUCGCAAAGAGCAAUUCCAGCACUUCCUCCCCUGUCAAGCGAACACCUUCGCACAAGCGAAACAGCACGAUCAAUACCGUACAGCCAACGACCUCCGCCCCGCUAUCCGCUGCUACGGGCACAAAGAGACCAUAUGGCGCCGCAGUAGCGGCUGGGAGCGCACUGCCCCGCGUAACGAGUAAUCAGCGCGUCGGCAAUCCAAUGGCGACGGGUGGUGGUACAGGUAAUAAACGGACAGAUCUGGCUAGUGCGGCAGCUGUUGCCAGCUUGGCGCAGAAGUCGCGGUGA